AUGGCGUCGCGCUCCCGUUCCCCUUCGAGGGACCGCCAGAGAUCUCUCACGCGUUCCAUGUCACCUCGGUCAGACGACUCGCGCUCUCCCCGCCGCAGAAGAAGCUACGAUUCUCGCAGCCCGUCGCGAUCGAUGACGCCACCUCCUCGUCGCAAUGGGCGAUACCGAAGCAACAGUCGAAGCCGGAGCAGAGGACGUGGAAGAGAUAGCAGAGAUGGAAGCAGCUCCCCUUUGACGAGAAGCACAAAGAUUGUUGUGGAACGUUUAUCGAAGAAUAUCAAUGAAGACCAUCUCUACGAAAUUUUUGGCCAGUUUGGACCCAUCAAGGAUCUUGACUUGCCAAUAAAUAGAACUUUCGGAACGAACAGAGGAACCGCGUAUAUCCUCUUUGAUCAUGAAGCCGACGCCGAAGCCGCAAUAUCUCACAUGCACGAAGCUCAAGUUGAUGGUGCCACUAUCAAUGUGUCCAUUGUCCUGCCGCGGCGAAAACUGUCGCCACCUCCCCCGACCGCCCGCCGCGGAGCCAACAUUGAUCCUCGAAUUCCCAUGUCCGGACCUCGAGGUGGCGGUCAUCCUGGACGAGGUGGAAGCUUUAAUGUCGGCGGUGGACGUCGUCGCGGCUCACCAUCAGGUCGAUAUGGGCCAAGAUCGGACGUGUACCGCCCCUCAUCACGAUCGCCAUCGAGAUCCCCAGGCGCACCACCUUCCCGGGGCGGCGGCACUCGAUACCGCAGCAGAUCUAACGGUUCAUAUUCGUCUCGUUCGCGCUCAAAGUCUACUGGACCCCGGCGACGAGGCGGUGGCGGUGGUAGAUUUGAGGAGGUGGACGACAGACGACGCAGUCGCAGUCGCAGUUAUGACAGUUAUGGCGGCCGAAGCCGAUCACGAAGUCCGCGUGGCCACCGAUAA